AUGGAUGUAAAGAACGCCUUUCUACAUGGAGAAUUAGAUCGAGAAAUAUACAUGGUCCAACCAAAAGGAUUCGAAGAUAGAGCUCAUUCGGACUAUGUCUGCAAACUGAAAAACGCGCUCUAUGGAUUGAAGCAAGCUCCACGAGCAUGGUAUGGCAAGAUUGCUGAGUUCUUAGUAAAGAGCAAUUAUACCAUGGCGCAUGCAGUUUCAAGCUUAUUCGUCAAAGUAAGGGAUGCAAAGAUCGCAGUUGUCCUAGUAUAUGUCGACGAUCUCAUCAUUACUGGUGAUGAUGAAGCAGAGAUUCGUCAAACAAAAGAGAACUUGUCAGUUCGCUUUCAAAUGAAGGAGCUUGGAGAAUUGAAACACUUUCUUGGAUUAGAAGUCGACCGAACUGAGGAAUGUUUAUUUCUCUGUCAGCAAAAGUAUGCUAAAGAAUUGCUGCAAAAGUUUGGAAUGCUCGAAUGCAAGCCCAUCUCAACACCUAUGGAAGCUAAUGCCAAGUUAUGUGCUCAUGAAGGGAAGGACUUGCAAGAUGGAGCAAUGUAUUGGCAACUUGUAGGUAGUUUAAUCUACCUUACAUUAACUAGACCAGAUAUUUCAUAUGCAGUUGGAGUAGCAAGUCGAUAUAUGCAACAACCAAAGAAGCCUCAUUUGGAAGCAGUGCGACGAAUGCUAAGGUAUGUCAAAGAUACCAUUAACUACGACCUCUUAUAUAAGAAAGGUGACAAGAUUAAGAUAGUUGGAUAUUGCGAUGCUGAUUAUGCUGGAGAUCACGAUACUCGUCGCUCAACAACUGGAUAUGUAUUCAUGCUUGGAUCUGGAGUCGUAUCUUGGUGUAGCAAAAGGAAACCAACGGUGUCCUUGUCAACGACUGAAGCAGAAUAUAGAGCAGCAGCAAUGGCAGCUCAGGAAAGUACAUGGUUGAUGCAACUAAUGAAGGAUCUACAUCAAUUUACAGACUAUGCAGUGCCACUUCAUUGUGAUAAUCAGUCUGCUAUUCGUCUAGCAGAAAAUCCUGUGUUUCAUGCUCGAACAAAACAUGUGGAGGUGCAUUACCAUUUUCUCAGAGAGAAAGUUCUACGAGAAGAGUUAGAGAUGCACCAAAUAAAGAGUGAAUGUCAUAUAGCAGACUUAUUUACUAAAGGACUCAACACAACAAGAUUUCAAAAGCUUAGAGAACAUCUCAAUAUGAAGAGUCGAUGUUGA